AAACGCACCCUAAGCAUUCAAAGAAACUUUUUCUUUGGUGUAGCGGCACUGCUUCAGAGGCAGAUCAGAUCGUUCAGCCGGAAACACAUGCUCUGUCAGGCGCACAAUAACAUUCACAUAGGGGAGACCGGGAAAGGCAUCAAGCUUGAGAAAUUGGGAAGUUCGAACUUUGGCACCGCUGUCCACGAACAAUACACCAAUUCGGAAUUGUCGUCUUCAUAAAAAAUACAACAUGCCCCCGGUUGAUCACUUCUUUCUCGCAAUGGUUUCCGCUAAUGGAAAUCCUGAAGUUCUCAGCAGGGAACAGUUUGAUGAUCCUGUGCUUUGCUUUCACUGCUGGCAAGCAAUUUUUGAGGUUGCCGUCAUUCAUGAGAUGUCAACCAGAGUAAAUCCAACAAAGAAGGAACACUAUAACAUAGACCCAACCGACUGGAAGAUCAUUGCCAAGUCAGAUGGGCAUGAAUAAAGUUCUAUUUGAACAAAAGCAGACAAACACUCUAACUUCAUUACUCCCUUCAAAUUUUGAAAAUGAUACAUAACCAGCAAAAAAAUUCUACCACAAAACUCAAAAACUGACACCUGACAUGCCUUCCGGAUCAGAAAGACCAAAUCACAAGUUCUCAUAGAUCACUUUAAAAGGAGAAAAAAGACCUUAAACAAAGGAAGCAAAUACAACCUUUUGCCUA